GCGAUUUGUUUGUAUUUGUUGUCAGUCGUUGUAAUCGAGCAAUACAUUUACGCGAAGCACAACUGAAUAGCUUGUUUUCUGAUUAUUAUAAUUUUUUAUUUAAAAAGCAUUCGACUGUUAUUUAAUCACCUGAACAUUUAAAAGCAAUUGUGCAAGGUUAAUCUCGCACACAAGCGACGCACGCAAUAUUAAUCGUACAAGAGCAAUUUUACGCGCACGGAGACAGAAGUUUAAUACGAAGCUGUGCGUAGUGAACGCCUAGCGCGAGCAAUUAAAAGAGCAUAUUUAUUUACCUGUCGUCUUACUAGGACGCACACACACACAGAGUGGCUAUAUCAAGCAUCCCUCAAGGACCAUCUCCACAGACCGUACCCAAAAGAGCCUGCACGACGCAGUAGAAGAAUGGCCCUCUUGUUUAUUCUGUCGCUACUCCUCUGGUCUUUUUCACUUGCCGUGGCCUCCCGUAAUACAACCGAAGGUUGUGCUAUCAUUCGGCCGCCAAGAGACGGAGGGAUCAGAUACAGGGGUCUGACUCAGGAACAGAUCCGCAGUGUUCAGGUGUUGCCGGUGGAUUAUGAAAUCGAGUAUAUCUGCAGAGGGAACAGAAUGAUCGUUGGACCAAAGGUCAGGAAGUGUCUCCCUGACGGCACAUGGACUGACCUGAACCAGCGGAGCAAAUGCUUGAUGCCGUGUGCGAGGGUGUGGACAUCUCUGGAGAACGGCCGUGUGACGGUUCACCCUCCAGGCCCAGCGGUGGAGGGCACGAUACUGCACUACAGCUGUCUGGAGGGUUUCAUCUUGGUGGGCAGAAACAGCACUCAUUGCACUAAGCUGGGCAAAUGGGACUCACCCAAACCUGUCUGCCACUAUGACAGACAUUAUACAGGCAAGAAGAAACUCUACAUCGGAGCCCUGUUCCCAAUGAGCGGCGGAUGGCCGGGUGGCCAAGCUUGUCUCCCUGCUGCCCAAAUGGCCCUGGAUCUGGUGAACAAGAGAACGGAUAUUCUUCCGGAUUAUGAGCUUGAAUUAAUCUACUAUGACAGUAUGUGUGAUCCCGGUGAGGCCACAAAGCUGCUGUAUGACCUGCUGUACACGGAGCCCAUAAAGAUCGUCCUGAUGCCAGGUUGCAGCUCUGUAUCCACACUGGUGGCCGAAGCUGCGCGCAUGUGGAACCUCAUAGUGUUAUCCUAUGGAUCCAGUUCACCAGCACUCUCCAACCGUCAGCGUUUCCCCACCUUCUUCCGCACACACCCCUCAGCCACAUUGCACAACCCCACCCGCGUGCAGCUCUUCCAGAAGUGGAAGUGGACCAAGAUCGCCACCAUCCAGCAGACCACCGAAGUCUUCACCUCUACUCUGGAUGAUCUAGAGCAGAGGGUGAAGGAGGCAGGCAUUGAGAUCAGCGUGAGGCAAAGUUUCCUCACGGAUCCUGCUGUGGCCGUCAAGAACCUCAAGCGGCAAGAUGCUCGCAUCAUUGUGGGACUGUUUUACGAAACGGAAGCCAGGAAAGUGUUUUGUGAGGUCUAUAAGGAGAAGCUGUAUGGGAAAAAGUAUGUGUGGUUUCUGAUUGGCUGGUAUGCUGACAACUGGUUCAAAAUCAAAGACCCAUCCAUCAACUGCACUGUGGAGCAGAUGACAGAAGCUGUGGAGGGUCAUGUGACCACUGAGAUAGUCAUGCUCAAUCCGGAGACAGUGCGAGGGGCCUCUAACCUGACCUCACAGGAGUUCCUAGCACAGCUGAUGUCCAAACUGGGUGGGAAGAAUCCUGAGGAAACCGGAGGGUUUCAGGAAGCUCCUCUGGCGUAUGAUGCAGUUUGGGCCCUGGCUCUGGCUCUCAAUAAAACAGUGGGGCCUUUGAAGGCGAAGGGACGGAGAUUGGAAGAUUUCAAUUACAAUAACAAGGACAUUACUGCGGAGAUCUACCGAGCCCUCAACACCAGCUCCUUCGAGGGGGUUUCAGGUCAUGUGGUGUUUGACGCCCAGGGCUCCAGAAUGGCAUGGACCCUCAUUGAACAGCUGCAAGGAGGAAGCUACAAGAAGAUUGGAUACUUCGAUAUGACCAAAGCCAAUCUCUCAUGGUAUGGGAAUGACAGGUGGAUAGGCUCUGGUCCACCUGCUGACCAGACGGUGGUGAUUCAGAAGUUCAGAUAUCUGUCACAAAAACUCUUCGUCUCGGUGUCUGUUUUCGCUGGCUUGGGCAUUUUAAUGGGGAUCGUUUGCCUCACCUUUAACAUCUACAACAGCAACGUCAGGUACAUUCAAAACUCCCAGCCGUACCUGAAUAACAUGACUGCAGUGGGCUGUAUGAUGGCUCUGGCUGCUGUUUUUCCUCUGGGAAUUGACGGACUGCAUGUACGCAACUCUCAGUUUCCUGUGGUCUGUCAGUUCCGUUUGUGGCUGCUUGGACUUGGCUUCAGUUUGGCUUAUGGAAGUAUGUUCACGAAGAUCUGGUGGGUUCACACGGUGUUCACAAAAAAAGAUGAGAAGAAGGACAAGAGAAAGCACCUGGAGCCAUGGAAGCUCUAUGCCACUGUGGGAGCCCUGCUGGUUAUCGACAUCCUGUCCCUUAUGAUUUGGCAGAUCGUGGAUCCCCUGCACAUCACAGUGGAGAAGUUCACUAAAGAAGCACCUAAAGGGGACCUGGAUCAGUUGAUUGAGCCUUUGCUGCAGCACUGCAGUUCAGAGAAAAUGAACACAUGGCUUGGUGUCGUUUAUGGCUAUAAGGGUUUGCUGCUGCUUCUGGGGAUUUUUCUGGCUUAUGAAACCAAAUCUGUGUCCACUGAAAAAAUAAACGAUCAUCGAGCUGUUGGGAUGGCCAUCUACAAUGUCUCUGUGUUGUGUAUGAUAACGGCUCCCGUCACCAUGAUUCUGUCGUCUAAGCAGGACGCCUCGUUCGCCUUCGCCUCGCUGGCCAUCAUCUUCUCCGUCUAUAUCACUCUGGUUGUGCUCUUUGUCCCUAAGAUGCGGAGGCUUAUCUCUCGUGUAAAAGAGGAACGUGUAUCAGAGCUGAGAAACCAGCUGUCAGAGCGACAGGCUCUGCGCUCCAGGAAACGCCCCACCUCUUCCAAUCAGAACCACAGCUCUCCAUCUCUCCCCGCUCCUCAGAACGAUCCCAAAUCUCUCCUCCCGCCACCAGGAUACCCCCUCCCUGCCUCUGACAACCACUCCCUCCCUCCCACCUUCUCCAACUCCUCCACCCUCUACCAGCCCGACGGCAAGAUCAACCGCAACAACUGCCACCCCGGCCGACUGCAGCUCCUCUACAAAUGA